AUGAUCAAGUGCCGAAGCAAGCUUCCACAUCUUCAGCUCAAGGAGUCGUAUUCUUCCAAUUCCCGAUACUCGCGAAAAAUGAGCAGGGAGAAUGUUACGGACGAGCGGGAGCCUCCAGACAUUGAGCGAAAUGAACCUGCCAAAUUUCCAGACGGUGGACUUCGUGCAUGGCUCGUAGUUGUCGGUGCUUUCUUUGGACUCUUUACAAGUUUUGGGUGGACCAAUUGCGUUGGCAUAUUUCAAGCAUACUAUCAAACCCAUCAGCUCCGAACCAUGUCCGCCAGCACCGUGUCCUGGAUUCCCGGGAUAUCUAUGUUCAUGAUGUUUAUUACGGGUCCUUUUGUUGGUCGGCUGUUCGAUGCAUACGGGCCUCGAUGGCUUCUGCUCAUCGGGUCUCUGCUACACGUAUUUGGACUUCUGAUGGCUUCAUUUGCUUCUCGGUAUUAUCAAUUCAUCCUGUCUCAGUCAAUCUGCAGCCCUUUGGGUGCGAGUAUGGUGCUGUACUCCUCGUUCAAUUGCGUCGCAACCUGGUUCCGAGAAAAGCGCGCUUUGGCAAUGGGCAUCACCGCAAGUGGCUCCAGCCUGGGGGGUGUUGUCAUGCCAAUUCUUGUCGAUCAUAUCAUCGAUAGGAAUGGCUUUGGCUGGGCCAUGAGGAUUUGCGCCUUAUUCAUGCUCGCCUUGCUGGUUGUGACCAACUUAACCGUUCGCUCCCGGCUAAGACCGCAUCCCACUACUUUGACUUUGACGAGUUAUUUGAAGAACUUUACCGAUAUACCCUUCGUUCUGGUGACAUUGGCGAGCUUUUUCUAUUCGAUGGGGAUGUUUAUCCCCAUUACAUAUAUCGUCACCUACGGCCAACAUGUGGGUAUGCGGACUAGUCUCGCUGGGUACCUCGUCUCCAUCUUCAAUGCUGCAAGUGGCAUCGGCCGAGUACUGCCGGGGUAUGCGGCAGACAAGAUCGGAAACUUCAAUAUUUCAAUAUGUGCAGCGGCCCUGUCUACGGUGUUUGUCCUAGGCUUAUGGCUCCCUGGCCACUCUCAGGCAACUGCGAUUGUGUUCGCCGCAACUUUUGGGUUUAGUUCUGGGACCUACACGGCUCUGAGCCCAGCUUUGGUCGCCCAAAUCUCGGACAUUCGUGAGAUUGGCACCCGGUCGGGAGCGCUGUAUGCUUUCAUGUCAAUUUCGGCAUUGGUCGGCAGCCCCAUCGGCGGUUCGUUAAUUGCCAAGGCGCACGGAGAGUAUUGGAAGUUGCAGGUCUUUACUGGCAUGAUGCUGGCGGGAGGAACGCUGUUCUAUUCUGCGACUCGCUUUCGCUUGACCAAAGGCAAGGCCUGGGUGAAAGUGUAA